UUCACAAAAGCAAUAACUCCUCAGCGGGGCACCUCCGAGGAAGAUCAUCUGAAUGUAAGGCAAUUAGACCAAUAAAGAAAACCCGGUCACCCCUAGCUGCUUAAAUUGAUGGACUAUUUUAUGCGCAGCAUCCCAGCUGACUGAUGGGACUCAGGCGUGAACAUUAAGAGGGCGUGGCCAGUAAUCAGCGCCAGUUUCCCAGGCUCGUGCGUCCUCUCUCUCCAGUUUUGGUAGCGGACCAACCAGUUAGUCCGAGAGUGUCAGAGGGGACCUGAGAGCCGCGCGUAUACAGGACAGGACUGGAGCAGCAGCAGCCGGAUAAGACGCACCGGGUCAGCGCAUGUAUUUGCUCACAUCUGACUCCUUCUUUGAUUCUGCUGCGUCUCUCAUCGGAGGCUUGAUGCGAUCCGCAUCCGCAUCAAGAACACACCUCUGACGGACAAAACCAUGGACAGUCUGAGCAGCCGCUGUAAGAUCGUGGUGGUCGGAGACACGCAAUGUGGGAAAACCGCACUUCUGCAUGUUUUUGCCAAGGACUGCUAUCCAGAGAACUACGUGCCCACGGUGUUUGAGAACUACACAGCCAGCUUUGAGAUCGAGAAGCAUCGGAUCGAGCUGAACAUGUGGGACACGUCAGGUUCCUCUUAUUACGACAACGUGAGGCCGCUAGCGUAUCCCGAUUCAGACGCGGUGCUCAUCUGUUUUGACAUCAGCCGCCCGGAGACCCUGGACAGUGUCAUAAAGAAGUGGCAGGGAGAGACACAGGAGUUUUGUCCCAACGCCAAAGUGGUGCUGGUGGGCUGCAAGCUGGACAUGAGGACGGAUGUCAACACCCUGAGGGAGCUCUCCAAGCAGCGCCUCAUCCCCGUCACCCACGAACAGGGAAGCACAAUAGCUCGACAGAUCGGGGCGGUGGCCUACACCGAGUGCACGUCCAAAGUUUCUGAGAACAGCGUCCGGGACGUGUUCCAUGUCACCACGCUGGCGUCGGUUCGGCGGCCGCACAAGCCUCAGCUAAAACGUAGCAGUUCCCGCAGAGGUCUGAAGCGAGUGUCACAGCUCCCUCUGCCCCCGCUGCCGGGCCGGACUGAACAAAUGGACGAGGCCCCGGCCAUCAGGAAGGACCGGGCCAAGAGCUGUGUGCUCAUGUAGUGACAGAUGACUAUGAAUAUAUAUAUGUAAAUAUAAACACAGAAUAUAUAAGAGAGGAGGUCUAUUUAUUGUUCUGUUUUUCCUCGUGGUUUGAUCUUUUUUUUUUGCACUGCAGAGGAGUGAGGAAGAAACAAAACACAGCGCUGUGGAAAGAAAUGCUUUGGAUUUUUUCGUUUUUUGCAGCGUGUAUAUUUUCCGAGCUGUUUACAUGUUUGUGUUGUUUUGAAUACGAUGACAAAUUGGACGGAAACUUCUGGAUACACGGAGGCAGUGAUAGUGGAAGUGCCACCGAGUCCCGAGUUUAUGAGAGGAAUUAAUUUUCCCAAAGAAGCGGACGAGCAAGGAGAGAGAGAAGCAUGUGGAAGCGGGACAUCUGUGGAUGAAGCUUGUUUUCAGAGACAGUGUUUCUCAACAAACACGGUGAAUAAUCGUCUGGCUGUGCUGUCGAAAGUUGCUUCCUGUUGCCAUAUGUGAGAGGAGAACCUGUAUGUACAGUAAUGCUGAAAAGGGAUUUUAGAGAUUAGACGAAUGAUGGCUCAACCCAACCAUUAGGAGCUGGAAAUGAGAUUUUGUAACAGGAAUAUGGCGAAGGUGUGUGUGAGCAUUACCACCACAAGUGCAUUUUAGAAAGCAGUCACAACAUAUCGGAUUUCUUUUCAUUUAACACAAUUGUUUUCAUCAUCCGAACGUGUCAGUUUGAUUCACUGAAGUUAAAGCUGUUGUCACUAUUUUAAAGAUGUUUCUUUGUGGAAAAUAAAGUGGUAAAAUGUUA